UUAAAUACUAAGGUAGCCCAUAGAUUUUCAGCCAUGUUGUCACCAAGCACUUCAACUCAGAUAGUAGGGCCUCAUGCCUGGUACGCAGUGGCGGGUGAAGGAGCCCGAGGUGGAGCCCAGCCAGCAGGCGGUGAUCCAGGUCUCGCAGUCGCGUGAAGAGUUCGAGGGCAAAGAGGAUUCCUCGGAUGUUCACCGACGGAUUCGCGACCGCUGUCGCCAAGGAGCGGUGGAGGUGGAUCACAUGACCGCCCACGCCACGCCUGAGUUGGAGAGGCCCGGCUCGUUGGUACCUAGAUCCUCCUGCUUUCAACGGCAACUCUCCGGCGCAGCUCCGGGUUUUCAACGACAGGUCUCGGGUGCAACGACGGGCUUUCAACGACAAGUCUCCAGCUUCAGGGAUGACUUGCGGCCGCGCAGCGCCCCCUCCUUGCGGCGGAAGGUAAACCGUGACAAGAACCCCUUCAUCGAAUAUGACGCCAGAGAGAAGAGAUUGAACCAGGAGAGGAAAUGGUUGCAGGAGGCCAGCGGCUUCAUGGAACAACGUCGCGAUGAGUUGCGUUUGGGGGCGCUGAUGAAUCAGCUGAACAUCCGGAGCGACGGUGAUGAUCGUCUCUAUGAGAAUCGAACCUUUUAUGGACCUCACUCUGUGGCCAUGAAAGCCAGACAAAGGGCUCGUGCGGGCAAGAUGGAACCGCCCAAGGUGGAACCUCCUAAGGAGGUGCAGGUACACGGGCGUCGCACUCCCAAGGAGCACGCCCAUUUGGUGAAACGCCUCGCGCAGGACUUGAAAUCCUCCGUGGGCGAAGAAACGCAACGGAGAUUCGUCAAAGAGACGGUGAGGACUUGGGAGGACGAAAAACAGCUCACCGCGUCCUUUGGCCACAGCGGCAGAAGGGGAGGUUUUUGA